AACCCUUGAACAAAGAAGAAAAGGUCGCCGAAGGUUCCUCUCUGCAGCCCACAGAAAACAAAGAAAACAAUGAUCAUGCUGUAGAAAAUGAUGCCACGGCCAACUCAGAGGAUAAUUCAUCGACCACACCAACUGAAAAUUGUUCCAGUGUUGAUUCCAAUUUGUUAGAUAGCAUUUGCAAUGAUGAAUCCUUAUUGAAUAGCUUGUGGAUGGAUGAGGCUCCCCUGGUAGAUGCAUCAUGGAACAUCAGCAAUCCACCGUCUGUAGAAAGUGCUAAUUGUGGUACCAUGCUGACAGCCUUGCCAUCGUGGGAGGAUGAUGGCUGUUCCUGGCUAUUGGAUUGCCAGGAUUUUGGUAUUCAUGACUUUGGAUUCGAUUGUCUUAACGACAUUGAACUAAACGCAACGAAUACAUUAGACAUGGGGGACAAGAACUAGCACAUUACCUACAAGUGAGAAAAGAUAUGAAACAUACUAUCAGCUUCAAAAGGUGCAGAUAAAUGUUAUUUACUGUAGGUUUUGAUCAGUGCUGUUGAAUUGUUUGUCUCACGUAUUUCAUAAAGUUGUUGGAGGGUUGAAGGUGAUAAUUAAACCUCGUUUCUUUAGAGGUUUCUCACCAACCAAUUCAAAAGUACUGAUACCAACACAAAUGUUGUUAAAUGUUUUUACUUUGGUUCCUUGCAAAUGUUGUAAUCUUUUAUUUCUUCCUGUAAAAGAUAUGGGGACAAAUGUAUAAUUGCCCUGGAAAAGGGAAAGAAAAGUGAAGAUAUCAAAAGAUUGGGAAACACGGUGGAUAUAAUUUUAAAAUUGUUAGUGGGUUUUUGUUUUAUAAAGGUGGAAAAAACUU